AUGGCACUGUGCGACGACAUCACCAGAUCCUGCGGCAGAUUCACGAAGCCUCACGCGUGUGGCGGCCACUCUUCGAUUCAUUUACGCGCCAGCCAGCGGCUCGGCGGGCCGUUUACGCCCGGAUCCAAUAAGGCCGCAGCAUCGACGCAACGAUAUCAGCAAGAGCUGGAACACGAAAUUGAUGAGGACCUAGAGGAUGACUCAUCUUUCGUAGGCAGGGAGGAGACGUUCAAGACCACGACGCUGAAGAAGCACCAGCCACCGUCUAGUGACCGUCGUAACACCUCAGCCGACAGUCUCGACGUUAGUACGAAUAGUGACAAUCUACCCCGAAUGUCCAGGACGCCUUAUAUGUCUAAGUCGGCGGUGCAAUCGGGCGCAAUGACACAGGAAUCGACGUCAACGUUGAACUCAAGUAGUCGUGGACGUUGGUCGCCUAGAAUGACGUCUCCGCCUCGCACGGGCAUCAUCUCGGAAGAUCAAUUAGACACAGCAAAUGCUGGACCACGACAGAUCUCUACACCUCCGUCAGCAAUUAGCAGUGUGGAAUACAACAGUAACAGUCCUGGCAUCAGCAGGAAUUUGAUGAAGAUGGGUGCGUUUGAGUACACUCCGCCGCGUGGCAAGAAGUCUAGAUUGGGCGGCGAGGAGAAGGAAAUGGAUGAGACGAAUGACUCUAUAGAAACGCCGUACGUCCCGGAGUUUAGCACAGUUCGACUGUCCACUGCGAUUGAGAAGGAGCCAGCUACUAUUGCGGACGACGUGUCAGGCCCAACCAGGACAUCAGAAAGUGUCUCAAAUAGGAAGCGAAAACGAUCAGAUGCCGGCAAGAAUCGACGAACUCCAGUGUAUCCCAAGACUCUCUACCCUGCGAAGGCUACGUCUCCAUUCACAUCUCCUAGUUUGCGGCGGAAGUACAGCAGUAGGAGCAGCGUAUCGUCACCUAGUCAUCGAGGAACACCAACGGCGAAAACCCCACCACGUCAACGGAAUGAGACAGUGAUAGACGAUGACACGCCAAGGACUCCUGAUUUCGAUUUAACGUCUCCUUUGUUGCGCACGCAGCUUAAGGCGAUGACACCGAAUACGCCACUAUCGAAUCGUCUCGUUGGUGCAAGUCUGGACGUCGGCAGUGUCUCACAGGAGGCACAGUUGCAGGACUACGACGAUUCCGUCACCGCCGGUGAACCGACUCCGAAGUUCGAGCUGUCACUACUGCCGGCUGUGUUUCAGCGAGGCGUUGGUGCCGUGCAAGUUUCAACAUUGUACAAUAAAUUUCAAGGGACAGGCAACGACACGCCUGCGAUUCUUGCGGAAAUGUUGCCUGACUAUGGGAAGGAGAAGAUUGAGAUCUUGCUGGACACGUUAGUCUCGCGGCGGCUGCUGCGGCCAUUUGUCGUCGAAGGCACCAUGUUCUGGCAAAAACAGCUAUAA